CUCCCCCGCCGAGCAUAUCCUUGUUGCAUUGAUUUUCAUGCUGGUGUGGUCCUACCUAUCUGACACCCAGGCUCGUUCUCGCUCGCGCACGACUCAGGUCCUACAAGAUCUUAGAAGAUUUGGGUAUCAAGAUUCAACCUAACCAAUUAGCAUGGUAAGUACUCCUGUCAAAGUUUGCACGAGCCAAACUAACAUUCAAAGCACGGUGUCAAAAGAGUCACCCUUUCAGAGGAGGCCAAACGAGCCAGACUCGCCAAAGAUCAGGCUAAGAUUGCCCAGUAUAAAUCUCUCACUGAUAACGUGUAUGAUUUAAGAGAUAGCAAGGAUUACUCCUUGGAAGCGUUGGACAUGACCACCCAAUUGUUGAUGAAGAAUCCCGAGUUUUACACCAUAUGGAAUUACCGUCGUGAGGUUCUUCUCCACAAUCAAGGCGACCGUUAUCAGCAGCUAUUGGAGGAUGACUUGAAGCUAUUGAUGGGACUAUUGAAGAGAUAUCCCAAAUGUUACUGGAUAUGGCACCACAGAAAAUGGUGUCUCCUCGAGUUAGUAAAAUUGGAGAAGGUAAGCUGGGCGUAUGAGUUUGCUGUGGUGUCAAAAUUGUUGGAGAUGGAUACAAGAAAUUAUCAUGGAUGGCAAUACCGCAGAUAUGUGGUAGGCAAUAUCGAGAACGAGCAAUCCUCCAAAUUAGAAUCCUCAGGAGCCCCCAAAUCUGAGGUAGACACCGCAUUGUUGGAGAUAAAUAUCAAGGAGUUUGAGUACACCACUGCCCAGAUCAACAAGAACAUAUCCAACUUCUCCGCCUGGCAUAAUAGAAGUAACCUCAUUCCUAAGAUCUUCAAACUUCUCAGAACAGGCGAUGGCUCGAAGUACCCUCAAACCCUUGAAUUGUUUCAAAGACCCUACACUCUUCUAAUGCAUGAGUUGAAGCUCGUGAAAACCGGAACAUAUGUGGACACCAACGACUCCUCGGUGUGGCUCUAUUUUUAUUGGCUUUUAACUGAGAAAUUGUUUGUUGAGGACCUCAGGAGUGGAGAAAAUGAAAUGUCAUAUUUGGAUGUUCUCGAUGAACAGUUAUUAAUGGUGGAAGAAUUGAAUAUGGUGGAGACUUUUGAAAGUGACAAUCAAACAGAAAACUGCUGGUGUCUCAAGACUAUUAUUUUAAUCAAGGGUUUGAUACAAAAAGAAAAAGAAGAGAACGACAACUUGUUGACUGAUGAUAUCAAAGAAUGCCUAAAAAAAUUGAUUGAACUUGAUCCCUUGAGGAAGGGGAAGUACUUAGAUCAACUAGCAGGCAAAGCAGCAAUUAUACCAGUCUAGCUUCCAACUCUACUGUCUACAAUAUUGUUAACCAUCUCUACUGUUCUCUUGCCUGUGCCUCUGCAGAUAGUUCUCAAUUUGGCUGUACCAAAAUUGUGACUUUCUGUACUGCUCUUCAAGGUUGAUUGUCCUACCUUUCCUCUAACUCUUUUGGGCUUGGAAUGAAAACGAAAAUUUUAACACGACAAUCCUAACUAGCUCAAACAUAUAUAGCAUUAUCAAUAAUUACAAGCACUCAUGUUCUACAAAUCAUUAUGAACUGUGCUUCGGCAACAUCGUAAUUUGAAACAUCGCAACGGANCACUCAUCUAUAAAGUUUUCCUUGGCUGGAAUUAAUCAGGGUAUUAACAUUCUAACCCACUGCAAGUUUCGAGCGGUCCAAAAGGUGCAGC